AUGGAGAUCGAUUCCGGACGAACGCCUGAACCUCACCACCUCUCUCUGGCAAGCGACCCUGAAUCUAUACCGACACUGGACGGGUGGAUUGAAAGCUUGAUGAGUUGCAAGCAGCUGGCAGAGAGCGAUGUACAGAGGCUUUGUGAUCGGGCAAGAGAGGUUCUACAAGAAGAGUCGAAUGUUCAGCCAGUGAAAUGCCCCGUCACGGUUUGCGGAGAUAUCCAUGGCCAAUUUCAUGACCUGAUGGAGCUCUUUCGAAUCGGAGGUCCCAAUCCUGAUACAAAUUAUCUUUUCAUGGGUGACUACGUGGAUCGCGGAUAUUACUCUGUUGAGACCGUUACACUCCUCGUUGCCCUGAAAAUCCGCUACCCUCAACGAAUCACAAUUCUCCGCGGAAACCAUGAAUCUCGACAGAUCACGCAGGUCUAUGGGUUCUAUGAUGAGUGUUUGCGAAAAUACGGCAACGCUAAUGUCUGGAAAUAUUUCACCGAUCUAUUCGAUUUCCUACCCCUCACUGCCCUUAUCGAUAACCAAAUCUUCUGUCUUCACGGCGGUUUAAGUCCUUCAAUCGACACACUUGACAAUAUUCGAUCUCUAGAUCGUAUACAAGAGGUGCCUCACGAAGGUCCCAUGUGUGAUCUUCUCUGGAGCGAUCCCGAUGAUAGAUGCGGUUGGGGUAUCUCUCCACGUGGUGCAGGUUAUACCUUCGGCCAGGAUAUCUCAGAGGCUUUCAAUCAUAACAACGGAUUAACUCUUGUUGCGAGAGCGCAUCAGCUGGUUAUGGAGGGUUAUAAUUGGUCACAGGACAGAAACGUGGUGACAAUUUUCUCAGCCCCAAAUUACUGCUACAGAUGCGGAAACCAGGCUGCAAUUAUGGAGAUUGAUGAACACCUAAAAUAUACUUUCCUUCAAUUCGAUCCUUGCCCGAGAGCAGGAGAGCCUAUGGUGUCCCGUCGCACUCCUGAUUAUUUCCUUUAA